CUUGUGUUGGUUAGGUUAAUCGUGUGGCGAAUUUUUACUAUUUGGGACUGAACUAUUUGUGACAAUUUUGUUGAAAAUCUUGCAAAAACUGAUGAGAAUCCUCAAUUGUGGAUGUGAUCGAAGUGAUAAAAACACAUAAAUGACUUUUAACAGGAAGAAACAAAGUGAAUGAAUGGAAUAUAAAAAAAAAUGCAGCAUCCUAUGGGAAGAUUCUUAGCGUACGCAGUUAUCAUGGUUCAUUAAGCAGAUUUUUAAUGUGUACCAAAAACAACACGGCUUAAUAAGUCAUAUUGAAAACAGUACAUUGCAUCAAAGGUCAUUUUGAAGAACAAACUACUAAGUGUCGCUUACUUGAAAAAUAAUUACCGAGUUAAACCCCGUGAAAAUAAUUGUGAAGAAAUGAACCAUGAAAAUCUCGAUUUCGUUUUGAUGCUAUUAGUGAACAGUGCGAAACCGUAAAAGCUUUUUUGUUUUAUUUGCUGGAUGUCUCCCACAAACCUGGAAUACUUUUUGAAUCGUCUCAAAUAGUUUAAAAUGGUCGUAUUGGCCCAAGGGCCGGGGCCCUUCGUCUCCCGCCGUGACGUGAUUGAAAGCACCAUCUCAGAAGUUGAAUCAGUAAAUAGCAUCGGAUUUUCCAAAACAACCAUCGACAGCAGCUACCAUCAGCAGGGUCGUCGUCCAAUCGAGCGCUUUGAUUUUUCUUCGUCAUUGUUUUUGAACUUUAGCGAAGAAAAUCUAUUGUCGUUAGAGGGCCCGCCAGCAGCGGAAGCCCUUUUUGUUCUUUCUGCAUGGAUUCAAUGAAACGUAGCGAGGCCAGCAGCAGCCACCACCAAAAAAAGGUGGUUUUAACGAACCAAGCAACAGACAGCAAUAACAAACAAGUAAAUCUUAGCGGUAGUAAUCUGAACAAUAAUACGAUAAGUAAUAAGCAGCAGCAUCAAUCGGCUCCAUUGAAUCCAAAUCAAACGCCUGGAGUAUCAUCAUCGUCUACAUCAGCGACUGCAAGCGAUAUUGCCAAGGAUUCCAAUUUUGAGUACGACGAUAACGAGUGGGAUGUUGGUAUAGGUGAUCUGAUAAUUGAUUUAGACGCAGAUAUUGAAAAGUCGUCCGUCAGUAAUCAGCAACCAACGACAUCGACUCAGUCCUUGGCUACGAUAAGCUCGCUAGCGAACGAGAGUGAUUCCUUAGGUUCAACACCGGAAUCACAGCAAAGCAUUGAACCUGUGACGACCGGUCACAGUACCAAACAUUCAGUCUCUACACCGGCGUCAACAAAAGGAGGAAUCACGUCUUCAGCCACGCCGAAGCACCAUUCCUCUUCUACCUCUUCCCCCUCUUCAUCGUCAUCGGUUGCACCCUUGACUCCUGGGCACCAUCAUCACCAUCACCAUCAUCACAAAUCUAGUAGUAACAACCCAGAAUCUGGCAGUCGCAGUGAAAGCAAUCUGUCGAAACAUUCUGUACUGCUGAGCCAGCUGAACAACAACAAACACUCAUCGACCUUCCCUGAACUACCCGUCGCAUUGAAACGUCACUAUAGUUCCAGUAGUUCUAGCGGCAGCAGCACACACCUUGAAUCGCCAAAGAGCAGCAAGGGUUGCAGCUCAAGCACCAUGUCAUCCACGACCAACAGUUCCGGUGGUAAAUCAGCCACUAAACUUUCAGUUGAUCAUCAGGCCACACUAGACAAAGGGUUGAAGAUGAAAAUCAAGCGCACCAAACCCGGUACGAAAACGUCAGAAGCAAAGCAUGAAAUCGUAAAGGCAGAACAAAACGGUACCAGUUCACUGUCGUCGUCAAACGCGGAGGAAACCAAUAGUAACAGCGGUUCCAGCUCCAACAACAAAAAGCAUUCACAAACACAGCCCCAAUCUCAGGCGCAAGUUGCAAGCAGUAUGCCUCAACAGCAACAUCAACAACAACAGCAGCAGCAGCAGCAGCAACAACAACAACAGCAACAGCAAGGAACAAAACGCGGCAGCAGCGGACACCGCAGAGAUAAAACAAAGGAGAAAACAACGCAUCACAAUCAACGUGAUAAGAACGAACACAAUAGCAACAGUAGCGGCGGCGGCAGUAACUCUUCCGGCGGAGACCGAGGUGGCUGCAGUUGUACGCACGACAUGCACGUGAACGGCAUCCAGCAGCCUUGUUCAAGCGCAAACUGCAUACGAACCAGAACCUCCGACCAAUCGAUGGCGUCGCUUUCGCAAAGGCUAUCAAAUCAGAACAACACGAGUACAAGUACUUCAACUAGUUUAUUCUCGUCAAAUACCAAUACGGGUCCUUCGUUAAGUAGUAGUAGUAAUACUCCGAACGCACCGGGCCCACCGUCUACCAAGGACGGUGCAAAGCUAUCGAACCAGCAACACUCCAGUUCUUCUGGAAGCGGAGGCAGUAGUUCCGGUAGUGGUAACGCAAGUUCUGGCGGUAACAGUUCCACCAUCGGAAGCGGAUCCUCUUCGUCAUCCAGCAAUGUGUUGAAGUCACAAUUGCAAUCCACGUCGGCGGUUCCUUCGAGUUUGCUGACCGCACUCUCCUCCGGGACCAGCGCCGUGUCCAACCUUCUGUCGACACCGUCGGGCAGCGCAGCGGGGCCCUCUUCCGGUAGUAGCAGCACGCUAGCAGCAGGAGAGCAUAGCUCGUCAUCAUCACUGCUGGACGACAAAGGUAGCUCGAGUCCGCCACCUGCCAAACGACACAAGUGUGAUCCCAAGGAUAUGGUGGACGUUUGCGUGGGCACAUCCGUCGGCACAAUCACCGAGCCGGACUGCCUGGGUCCGUGCGAGCCGGGCACGUCGGUAACGUUGGAAGGUAUCGUGUGGCACGAAACCGAGGGAGGUGUUUUAGUAGUUAACGUAACAUGGCGCGGUAAAACCUACGUCGGAACCCUGAUAGACUGUACAAAGCAUGACUGGGCACCACCACGAUUUUGUGAUUCACCAACGGAAGAGUUCGACUCGCGUACACCAAAGGGCAGGGGCAAGCGAGGCCGCAGCUCGGCGUUGUUUCCCGUAAACGACUUAAGCAAUUUUACCGAAACCCGAAGUUCGAUGCAUAGCAAACUGCGGAACGGUGGAGCGAAGGGGCGCGGUGGCCGCGGAACAACCACAACUGCUGAGAGCAACUCGUCAAAGACAACAACCACAACCACAACGACGGCGAGUUCUUCGAGUGGUACGAGCACAAGCAUAAGUUCAAAUACUCCCUCGACAUCGCCGGUGGCCUUUCUGCCGCCCCGAUCCGAGAAGCGCAAAUCGAAAGAUGAACCUCCAUCGCCCGUCAACGGUGGCGGAAGCGGAAACAGCAGCAGCAAUAGCAGCAAUUCCGGCAACACGGUCAGCGGAAGCACGAUCGGCAGCAGUGUGAUAAAUUCCUCCAGUGAAAAGGUCAACAACGGGACGGCUGGCACGCAGAGUGUGGUCAACCCAAUGACCGGACUGAACGUGCAGAUUUCUACCAAGAAAUGCAAGAGCACAUCCUCACCAUGCGCAAUUUCUCCCGUUUUGUUGGAGUGUCCCGAGCAGGAUUGCAGCAAGAAGUACAAACAUGCAAACGGCUUAAGGUACCACCAAAGCCAUGCCCAUGGGAGUAUUUCCUCGAUGGAUGAGGACUCGUCUCAGCCACCGGAAUCACCACAACGAGUUGCACCUCCAACAACACCAUCACCCUCACCUACAGUACAGUUGUCGAAUCUUCCAACGGUGCCAGUUACUACAACAGCUACGGCAACAUCUACGAGUAGUUUGGCGCCAACCUCAACGACUGCAUCUUUUAGUGCGACGGCGCAAGUGUUCACCGCCGUCACUUUGGCCUCAAAUCAAAAUACAACCACAACACCAACACCAACGACCGCCGUCGGUUCAACUGUUGCGAGCAGUUUGGUAUCUUCGACGCCGGCCCUACCCAUGACCGAGAGCCUAACGACGACGUCAGUAAGCACACCGGUAACUGUGGCUAGUACUGCCAGCAUAGUGACGCCAACCGUCAGCUCACAGCACACGACAACGUCGCCGGCUACUGCUGCUGGGGGCAGCAUCACCACCGGUGUCGCUGGAUCAACGCAGCCACACGCGCCGGUCAUCGGUGGUUCGACACUGUUGGGUUCGGCGCUGGCAGGCAAUCAAAAUGGUUCCGGAGCUCAGUCUUCCCCUCAAAUUCCGACUACGCCGCAGCAGCAGGUUGGAUCGUUACCACAAACGAACAACAACGGCAUCACUUCAACUCCAACGCGAUCGGAUCCGAACGCCAAAAGUAAAUCGGGUGUGCUGCGGUUCGGGCCGUUACCAGGGGAUGCACCGGUUCCUCAGGGUUCGUCGGGUAUUCCCAACGCUUCAGGACCAAUGCCUGGCGGUUUGACAGUAGCCGGAAACCUUCUCGCUAUGCCGCCGUCCGCUCCCGGAACGCCCGAAGGUUUGAACAUGAAAUCACAAAAUUGUUCCAAGCAAAAGAAGAACCGGAAGUCUCCGGGGCCAUCAGAGUUCGACGUGGCUGCAGCCAACCGAGCUGAAGACGUUCAGAGUCCAGCGUACAGUGAUAUCAGUGACGAUUCGACGCCCGUGGUUGACCCGAAUGAUUUGGAUAAGCCCAAAGGUCCCCAAAUCCAAGACAUCACAAAGAAACCUAACGAAGCAACCGUUGGUCAGAUGGGACCACUUUCCGGUUACGGGAUGUACCCGUACUAUCCGGGCAUGCCCCACCAGUCACCCUACUAUUCGGCCACCGACCAUCCUGGAAAACCACCGGGGCUGGGCCAUUCGCCGCUCGGACCAAACGCCUCCAUGGACUAUAAAAGCAAGGAGCCGCCUCUGGAUCUUAUUAACAAACCAAAUUCGCUGCCACAACAACCACAACCACAACCGGCACCUUCACAACAAGGCCCGGGCCAGUCUUCGCAUCCACAGCAACAGCAGCAGCAACUACCACCUCCGUCUGGGGACGGGCCAGGUCAGCCGGGCAACAAGGAUGGUGCACCUCCGGGACCACCACCAAACCAUCCCGGAGCCAGUAAAAUGAUGCAGCACUUUUAUCCUUAUGGUUACAUGCCAGCCGGAUUUGGUUACAAUCUGGAUCCCAACUAUGGUCCGGUUUCGAUGAUAUCUGAAGAGAGCAAACUGGCACAGCAGCAGCAGCAGCAGCAACAGCAACCUCCACCUCAGAUCAAGGAAGAGCGAAUGAAGGAGAGUCCAAGCCCUAACGAGUACACCAAAAUGGGACCCCAGAUGGUACCAACGAAACUGAUCAAAUCAGAACCGAUGCUGGUUAAAGAUAUCAAGACUGAAGGUGGGCAUUCAAUGCAUCCGAAGGAUCAGCCUGCGCCUGGCCCCCAGCCAGGACAACCGUCGAUUAGUGCCUAUGGUGGUGGAAUGUUCCAGCGACACGGACUCAACGUUGGGCCACCCAACCAACCCGCGCCGCAACACAUGAACCGCGACGAGGAGCUUCGACGUUUGUUCAACUAUCCUGAUCAGCGAAGAUCGGGACCACCGGGCGGGCCAUCAGGCCCGAACAUGGGCCCCAAGGACGAACCUCCCUCACCGUCGCAAGCACUGCCCGGUCAUCCUAAUCAUGGUUCCGGACCGCAUGGACAACCAUCACUACAGAGCAGUUCCAACAAUCCCCAGCAGCAGCAGCAGCAGCAGCAGCAACACCAGUCACAGCAAAAAGGGUCGAAAAAUUCAUCCUCUUCACAGGGCCAACUGAUGAAGCAGCAGAAAGAUAUUAAACUGGAAGACAAGGAAAUGAUCAAGGUCAAGCAAGAGGGACAGAAACCGACCAUGGAGACGCAGGGUCCUCCUCCUCCCCCGACUUCGCAGUACUAUCCACAUUCGCUGUACAUGAGCGCAGCUCCGUUUGGAUUUGAUCCAAAUCAUCAAAUGUACAGAAACAUGUUGGUGCCCACGGCAUCGUACAGUGCGCCUCCAUAUCACUUGCAAAUACCGCGGUACACAACGCCUGAGGACUUGUCACGAAAUCCUAGUACAAAAGCUUUAGACUUACUACAGCAUCACGCCAGUCAAUACUAUAACUCGCAUAAGAUUCACGAGCUUAGAGAGGGUGCGCUAAAGAGUCCUACCAGCAACGUUAAAGUAAGCGUAUCUAGUCCCAAUCUAUCUCAGCAGUCCAGUCAAAACCCUAACAUGUGCAUUCCUCCAUCAAAUAGUAGCAUCAAUAGCUCAGGAUUAUCGUUACAGCAGCAGCAACAACAGCAGCAGCAACCUUCACCAUCCACGCACCCGCAACAGCAACCGCCAGGGGCUCCCCUUCAGCCUUCACAAGGUGGGGGUCCCAGUGCUGGUAGCAAUCCAGGUGCCGGUGGAGGAGUGGGAUCAGAAUUGCAAAAAGAUCCCGGUGGUGCCGGUGCGCUGGGGCAAAAGGACGCACGCGACAGCCCACCACCUCAGCGACACGUGCACACCCACCAUCACACGCACGUCGGCUUGGGGUAUCCGAUGUUCCAAGCACCCUACGGAGCGGCCGUUCUGGCGAGUCAACAGGCGGCCGCCGCUGUAACUGUGAUAAGUCCAUUCCAGACUGGACCUCCUGCCAAAUAGAGGAGAACAAACAAAAAAAUCGCGGAAAGUUCGGCAACGACAACUGGCCAAUCAUAGGAGCUGGUUCCUGUGCGUUUUUCCACAAGCGACGAAGAUCACGACGUAACACGAGUGUAGCUGCAGUAAUUUGAGAUGGAAGAUACUCUCUUGCUUGUUGUCCGAGAUAUUCAAACCGUGCUUCCACUUGCAACUUGUGAGUGAACAUUCUACCCAUCUCCUUUCUUCGAGUGCGAGCACCAUUUUUGACGAGUCAACCGACCAAAAUCAAGAGCAAACUCCGUGUUUGUCGGAACAUGUGAACAAAUUGGAAGUGAAUAUUUUCUACUGUGGUGUACUAUGGAUGAGGUUUUAACUGGAAAGAAAAGUAAAAAUAUAACUGUUUAGGACUUAACGUUUAAAAGUGUAGAUUUAGUAUUUCUAACGUAACCGUAGGAAUAGUGUAGAUGAAAAUAUCUAUUUUUGUACAAAAAGAUAAUAAAAUAAGAAAAAAAAACUACAACUUUACUAGUAGCGCAACUGUGUGGUGAACAUUGUAGGUAAUUUACACUAUUAUACUUGUUAGAGCAUAGUUUCGUAAGGUGUAGACUGUGUCCUAAUAAUAAUUUGUUUUUGUUGUCGUUGCAAGGCGACUUUUGAGCAGUUUUUUUUUUCGUCUUAAUUUUGUCACUUUCAUGUAAAUAUACGCUCCCAGUCUUUAAAAACAGAGAAAAGGUAUUUUUACAUGCAUUCUCUGCGACGAAACCAGCCAAUUCAUGAUUUACUUUUUCAGUUUUGCAAUUUCGGGUCACAUUUUCAAUAUAUUAAAAAACAAACAAUAAUCAACUAUUUGAAAAUACGGGCAAGUAUAGAUUCAAAGUAGGUUACAUGACUGAUAAACUUUUUAAUACGGUAAAAAGCGUGACUGCAAGCAAAGCUUUUCAGUAAAAAUGGUGAUGAUCAUGAAUAUGUUUAGCAAGGGUAGAAUGAGAGAGCUCUAUUUGUACGAUACUUUUGACGUUGUAAAUAAGACACUACACCAGGUGACGACUAAUGCUACGCUCCAACGACAGAAUAAUUGUUUUCAGGAUUUACUUGCGGUCGCUGUUAAAAAUGAACACGACACGACGGUAGUCAUUUAAAAGCUGUUUCAAAAUCACACACUCAGCCGACAGCGGUGAUCAUCUGUGACGAGGAUUACGUAUUUCAAUGUUUGUUGCGUUAAUCUUUAAACGAAAAAAAAAACAGCCAUCGCCGGUAGACUCGAUGCUUGUAAAUAAUAAAAUUGAAAUUUUAAAUUUGGACAAAUUAAAUUAUGUGAUUUUGCGCAGUGUGGAAAAAAAGUCUUGUCGGAUUGUAGCGAAACUGUAUGUAAUAAACCAUAUACGACUUAUUAAAACACUCAUGAGAAGCUAGCAGUAAAUUAAAAGCAGAACGAAUCGUAAACAAAGCUUUAGAUGUGAACAUAUUAAUAAAAAGUGAGGUAACAUAAUAUUGUAGCGCAAGUUGUUGAGCGAAUUAAAACAAGCAUUGAGAAUUAGUGUAAAGGUAUUUUUGAGUGCUUUUUAUACCUGUGUCUUGACGCCAUUUAAACCUGGUACAAAAAGUACUCGUUACGCUUUACCUUGGACAAAAGAAAAGCAUAAUGGAAGCAAAAAUUCACACAAACGACUAUCAAGAUUCGUUUCAAUUGGACAAGGAGAUUAAUUACAAAAUAUGUGUAUAAAAAAAAAACAAAGCAAAAACUAUUACUACAUUUAAACUAUAAUACAUAUUAAAAUAGAAAUACAUUCCUUGUAUUAAAGCAUAAAAAUUGGUGAAAAUCAUAAAAUAAACAAUUAUAAUAACACA